AUGUUCGCGCUGGCGGAGGUGGGCUUCCGGCUGGCCUUGGCGGGUUGCACCAGCCGGCCCUGCAGGCUCCGCGUCCUCGAGAUCGGCUGGGGCCAGGGGAUCAGCGGGCGCAGGCUGCUGGACGCGCCCGAGUGGAGCGGCGCGGCCCGCGAGGGCGUGGCCGUGGACUACGAGGUGGUCGAGCUGCACCCCGUGGUCGCCGCCGACGCGCGCGCGGAGGCGGCGCGCAGAAGGGACGGCGCCGGGCUGGGCGUGCGGGAGGGCCCGUGGCAGAAGGUGCUCCCAGGGCUGCCCGCGGGGUCGAUCAUCGAUCUUCUACGACCCCUACAACCUCCGGCCUAA